AUGUCAACAAAAGUUGUGGAGUGGUUGGUUAGAACAGGGGAUGAACACCGGGUACAGACAUUAAUGAUACACCAGGUACAGACAUCAAUUAUACACCAAGUACAGACAUCAAUGAUGUACCAGGUACAGACAUCAAUGAUACACCAGGUACAGACAUCAAUGAUACCCCAGGUACAGACAUCAAUCAUACAUCAGAUACAGAUAUCAAUCAUACACCAGAUACAGACAUCAAACAUAGACCAAAUACAGACAUCAAACAUACACCAUGUACACACAUCAAACACACCAUAUACAGACAUCAAACAUACACCAAAUACAAACAUCAAACAUACACCAGAUACAGACAUCAAUCAUACACCAGAUACAGACAUCAAACAUACACCAGAUACAGACAUCAAACAUAUACCAUAUACAGACAUUUAA